AUGGCCGACAUCACCGCCGUCGGUGAGGAGAACCCGUCUCCCACCCAGGAUGACCUGCAGCAGGCCGCCGGUAACGGCGCCGCUGACAACCGCGGUCCCAAGCGUUCUCGCAUGAGCGCCGACGACGACGACGAUGAUGAUGACAAGCCCGGUCGCGAGCGCAGAAAGAUUGAGAUCAAGUUCAUCCAGGAUAAGUCGCGUCGCCACAUCACCUUCUCCAAGCGGAAGGCGGGUAUCAUGAAGAAGGCCUACGAGCUCUCCGUCCUCACAGGUACCCAAGUUCUGCUCCUGGUCGUGUCGGAAACCGGUCUCGUCUAUACUUUUACGACUCCCAAGCUUCAACCGUUGGUGACCAAGGCCGAGGGCAAGAACCUCAUCCAGGCUUGCCUCAACGCUCCCGAUCCUACCACCAACGAGAACGGUGUCGAUGCCCCUGAGGUGCCCGCCGAGGCGCCCGAGGAUGUGGCUCACAACAACGUCAGCGCUCAGCAGUCGAACAUGCCUCGUCCUGCAGGGAUCCACCCUGGUUACAUGACCAACGAACAGCAACAGCAGAUGGCCUACUACCAGAACCUGCAGCAGCAACAGCAGGCGAGCGGGCAGUAUCCCGGUAUGCCUGUAGGCAACCGCAUGCCCCCUCAGCAUCAACCCACCGCGUAG